UCUUUUAUUUAGGAAGUGGAAGAUUUUCAGUGGAUGUUUGUCAGAGUGCUCAGUACUAAAAAUUCUUGAACCGAGUGAGUCACUCACUGAGUCGGCAAAUGCAAGCACUCGUCGGAAAAUAUGGAAGAUGUAGGUGCAAUAGGCGGCGAAGGGGACAGGAAGCUGGAGACGCACCUGUUCCAGCAAGCAUUGAAGUGUCCUCGGUGUGAUUCGCUUGACACAAAGUUUUGUUACUACAAUAAUUAUAACCAAUCUCAGCCGCGCCAUUUCUGCAAGAGCUGCCGGCGGUACUGGACCAAAGGCGGCGUCCUCCGUAAUGUCCCCGUCGGUGGCGGCAACCGGAAGACGAGCAAGCGGUCCAAACCGAAAAAAGGACGCAAAUCGAAUUCGCAUUCCAGCAGCAAGAAUUCCAGUCUCACGGACGCUACCAUCACGGCGGCGUCCACUCCUACAUCAGCCAAUGGAAACUUCAGCUUCGCCGUAGAUUUACCUGACAUUUAUCCUGAUUCGAAUUUUUAUAAUGUGAAUCUGAAUCCACAGGCUACGACUACAAAACCUGGCUUUGAUUCACAGCCGGUGGCGAAUCAACCAACGGACGGUCAGAUUUUCAGCGACAUCGGAGGCUUCACGAGCCUGGAGAAUAUGCUCGGGUUCAACAUGGCCGACAUUUCCCCAUCGUCCGAUCCGUUAGAGCAAGUUUCGUUAGUAAAGAAUCCUAGCUCGGCCAUUAUGGAUCAAAAGGUACAUAAGACUGAAUUCGCGGAAGAGAACCCAUUGAGUGACGGCGGACUUGCUGCUCUAGAUUGGGGAACCAUCGCCGGCGGCGGAGGAGUUCGGAGUCGAGAUGAAGGUCCGUCUGAUUUCACAGGGACCGUUGAUCAAGCUUACUGGAGUGAUCAAUCUCUUAAUGAUAGUAUCUUCCAUAAUUAACUCUAAAAUUCUACUCCAUUGUACUCCGGAGCUUAUGUAUGAUUUGGUGAUGAGGAUAUUGACGAAGAGGUACGCUUUUCAGUUAAGACCAUUCUGGAUUAAUUAGUAUUGUUGUAUUAUUACUCUACUUACGUUUUUCAUUUACUAUAGAGGGAUUAGCUUUAAAUUUCGACGAAUGCUAGUAAGAGUUGUAGAGAAGAAUGAAGAUUGAAUAUGAAUUAAAUUUGGAACUUUUGAGUUAUUGAAUAGGAAUCGAGUUCGACGAACAAAGACUAAGGGACAAAGAUAUUGUUUAGUAUUUUUAUGUUGAUAGUAUUGUUUGGUAAAUUCGAAUUUUACAUUUGAAAAUUGGGAUAUUGUUUGCAUUUUCAUUUAGAAUGUUGUUUGCUA